AUGACGUCCUUCUUCAUCGAGUACGGCAUGACCCUCGUGGGGUCCUACAAGGAAUACAUCCACAACGUCGAGGUGACAUACAAGGGUGAGAAGUUCAACUACAACGUCAUCCUGAUCCUCGACAACGAGUCCGCCAUCUUCGCGGGCCGCGAGCAGUACGGCUUCCCCAAGGUCUUCGGCAAGGCCGAGAUCGAGCCCCGGACCGGCGGCCGGCUCGUCACGGCCAACGCACUCGUCAACAACCCGCCUGCGCCGAAGAAGUGGUCCCUCAACCUCCGAAGUAUCCAGCAGCCACACCCGGGUAUGGCGGCCCCGAUCCUGGAGCUCGUCCCCGUGUUCAUGGAUAUGCACCUCACCGAGGUCUGGACCGGGAAGGGCCGGGUCGACUUCCCGCGCCGCUCGGCACAUAAUCCUUGGUGUGAGCUGGAUGUACUGCGGUACGAGGGCGGCUUCCUGGCUAGGAAUGUUACAGCCGCGCUUCAAGUCCGCGGCAGCCUUCCGUUUUAA